AUGACCCCUCAGGCGAUCCAGCAGCGACUGAUUGUGGCCAACCAGGAGCUCGCGCGCCACAACGGGAAGCUUCGCGCGGACGUCAACGAGUCGCGGCGCCGCGCGGACAUGGCCGUCAACGCCGAGAAACAGGCCGCCAUCGUCAACGCGAUCCUCCGGCAGCAGAACGACACCGCCGUGCGCGAAACCCGGCAGCUCCUGGUAAGCCCCUCUCCCGCGCGUUCAAAUAACGAAAGCGCUGAAAACCCCCCGCCCCUUCGCCGCGCGCCGCCGCAGGCCAAGCUCCAAUCGUCGAACGACGAGAUAACGAGGCUCAAGAUCCGUCUCGCCGCGUACGAGCGCGAGCGCGAGCGCCGGCCCGAGCGCCCCGCGCCUUCACCCGCGCCGCCCGAGCCGAAGCCCGAGCCGAAGCCCGAGCCGAAGCCCGAGCCCGGGCCCGAGCUCGCUCGCGCCCUUCCAAAGUCGUCGUCGCGCAUCGACGUCGCGCCCGAUCCCGAUCCCGACGACGACGUCUGGGCGUUCGUCGAGGACGAGCAGCGCGAGUUCCCCCGCGCCCUUCCUCGUACACCCGCCAACACGCCCGUUCAAUCCUUCUCGGCUCCCGUGGCUACGUUUCCCGUCUCGGCUCUCGCGUCGAACCGACCUCUCCGUCGGCCGCCCGCGUUCGAUCCGAACGCGACGUGGGCGGACGAGGAGAACCUCGUUCCUCCGACGCGGCCCAGGGCGGCGACGGCAGGGGACACGCCGCAGGUCGCCGUCCGCUCGGGUUUGCGCGAGCGGUCAAAGAACGUGAGCUACGCGGAGCCCAGCCUGAAGGCGAAGGUUCGCAGGCCGUGGUCGCCGACGAAGCCCAAGCGGAGGUCGUCAAAGGCGAAGCGACGCGAGACCGAGCCCGCGGCGGCGGCGGCGUCAACGUCGACACUCACGUCGACAUCCACGUCAACUUCCACGCAAUCAGCCACGUCAGCGGCCACGUCAGCGACCGCGUCAGCGUCUACGUCGUCUGGGGUGAGAUCAUUCGACGCGGCGCUCGCGCGAGUCGCGUCCGCCGUCUCCUUCGUCACCGAACGAAAGCGCGGCGGCGCCCAGAAGGCGCGACGCGCGAAGAGCCCUGAGGAACAUCCGGAGAUCGAGAGCAGCCCGGAGAUCGACCCGAACGCGCUCGCCCGGCGCGGGCUCACCGACUCGGAUUCCGACCCAAACGAGGAACCGACUCUGCCCGACUCGGGUUCCCCCGCCAGGCCGUCGCCCUUCUCCAACUUCACGUCCCGGCACGUCAUCAGGCCGGGUCCCACCAAUCGGGUGCUCUCGUUCGACAACUCGCCGGGAUCGAACGAGCCGUUCCCGACCGCGGCUGCGUACGUCCGGAUACCCACCGCCGUCGAGAUUGCGCCGUCGUUCGGUGACGACCCCGACUCUGACUCCGACUCUGACGACGGCGGCGACUCCGACGGGGAGAGCGAGUACGAAGACGCGGAGGGUUCGGCGGUGGACGACGACGACGUCGCGUCCGACGUCGCGUCCGACGUCGGCGACGAGGUGCCGCUGCUCGCGCGCCGCCUGAGCCAGGAGGAGAUCACCGACGCUCUGCUCGCGGAUGCGGUGGCGACGGGGAUGAGGCUGGAUCCGCGCCCGGGCGCUCGGCGGGGAUGA